AUGAAUUCCAACAAACACGAACCGCUUUUGAUAGAGCCAUCUCCAGAUGCAUCCAGCUCCGAAGCAUCACUUGGUUUUGAGCAGGUCAAGAACAAAGCCCUAGCUACGGACAAACUGAACAAGCCACCUAGAAAACGCUCUCGCAUUGCGUGUACGUGGUGUCGAGAUCGAAAAGUCCGCUGCGAUGCCUCUAGCCACGGUACGCCAUGCACGAACUGCGAGCUCGACCAGCAGGAGUGUGUGGUGCAUUCCGCCUCACAGAGCAAAAACAUCCGCGCGAAAAAGCCGGCUUCACGCCACCAGCCCUAUCCAUCGCCCACCACACCAAGGACAGGCAAGCCCUCUGUAUUUCAACCCUCAGAAGCCUCAUCACGCAGCCCACUCAUCUCCCAUCUAUGGAACGAAGGAGCAGUCGACAAAACGCCCUGGAGGACCCCUCCGCACCCGAGCUCGUCUUCCUCAUCGGCAUCAUCAUCCACUACCCAGCUUAGCACCGUAUCAGACGUCUUCUACUCCUUCCACCCAUUCCUGACGCUCCCUGGUCUAUCAGAUAUCCCCCAAGAGGACAUCCAGUAUCUCACUAUAAAGGGCUGCUUCCGUGUCCCUAGUGGAGCAGUAUUGGACGAGUUUAUCCGGGGGUACUUCCUCUACGUGCACCCCUGUCUGCCGAUUAUCAAUGAGGCAGAGUUCUGGCAGAUAUACUACCGCCAGUCUUUCCCGGAUGACAAUGACGGGAAUAGCGGCGUGAGUCUGUUCACGUUCCAGGCGAUGUUGUUUGCCAGUUCUGCGUUUGUUUCUGCAAAGACAAUCCAAUCAGCAGGAUUCCCAGACACGCGAACAGCGCGCAACGCAUUCUACACCCGCGCUAAACUCCUCUACGACCUAGGCUGCGAGAAAUCACCCCUAUCCACAGCCCAAGGAUCCCUCCUCCUAACGCACCAAUCCUCCUCCUCAGACCUCCACGCCGGCUCUCUCUGGCUCAGCAUCGCAAUCCAAAGCGCCAUCGUCUACAACGCGCUGCACCCGGCGUCAACCGACAUCACCAAGAAACGCAUUUGGUCGUGUAUCUUGCUGCGGGAUCGGAUAAUGGCACUUGGUUUAAGACGCCAUCCGCGGAUUACGCCGCAGACGCUAGAUCUUGAACCUGGCCUUACGGGGGCGGGUGUAGUCUGUGGGGGUGUGCUUGCGGAGAAUGAUCUCGAGGAUGAGAUUUCUGGAUCGGAGGUUUAUGAUCCUGACACGAAGAGAUUGCUUGUCAAAGUCGUGGGGGUGCAGUGCGAGUUGGCGGCUUGUUUGGGGGACGUGCUUGGGGUUGUACAUUCUUCUGCCUCUCCUGCGAAAAUUGCAGAUGGGUUGGGUGGAGAUAUAAAGGGGACUCAGACACGGGGACAAACACAAAAGGAAGUACCAUGUGUCAAGGAACAGGUCGCAAAGUGCAAAGCCAGCCUCCUUCGGUGGUCGACAAGCGCAAAGGCUGCACUGGGGGCAGUCGUGAACUCGCAUAUGACACAUGAAUCUGUCGGCUUGUUCUUCGGGUUGACGUUCUUCUACUACCACGCGGCCCGUCUAGCCCUCUGCAACUUCGAAGCCCUAAGCAUCCAACUAAACAAAGAUUCGAACACAGCAAACACCACAAAACCAGACCAAGAACAAAUCCAAGAUAAACUCGAAGACGCCACAGGCUGUAUAACAGACACAAUCAAGCGAUUCCUCGCACAGGGCGUCGCCCACAAUCUCCCUAUAAGCGCUGUCCCCCUAAUAGCACACCCGCUCCUCCUCAGCGCCCUCGACGUAAAACUCUCCUCGACAAAAUCCCAAUCUGCCACCCGGAAGCGCCGGUUCCGGUACUACGCCAACCUGAUGCAGGUCUUCCAGCAGCGGUAUGAUGGCACAGACACCGUUGCGGCGUUUAUUCAGCAGACGUUGCAGUUGGCGGGCUAUUUACUCACCCGGCUGCAGGAACAGACGCGCGGACGCUCGUCUAACAGUGAUCAUUCUGAAACUGGGUCCCGGGCAUCUUCGAAAUGCAGUAGCUGGUCUGAACUCUUUGUGGAGUCUCCGAAGCUGUAUUUGAGGCUUUUGUUUGCGCUGGAUUAUGCUAUUGCCCGGGGAUAUUUCCCGUCUUAUGGAGAGGUGCAGAGGGGUUUGGGUGGCGAGGAUAUCGAUAUCCACCUAAGAGAGGAUGGCACUGGAGAGACCGAAACUGUGUCAAUGCCUGUUUGCAGUUCUGAGGGCUUUUCAGGGUUGGGGAUAACAGAGCCGACAUCUUCGCCGUAUAUGGACCUUGCUUCAGGAUCUGGGCUAGGCGGACAAAUGGCGAUGAACCUGGCGAAUGUAUACACCUUGCUUGAUUCUGAGCAGCAGCAGCAGUCUCUGAAGAUCUCAUCUGCAGAACCAUAUACAGACCCAGACUACGAGAGACAAGUGUUUGAUCCCCUGGUGCUCCCACCCUACAAUCCCAUGCUGGACGCGGAGUACGCAUACCCAGGGCAUGUCCUGUUCACGCAUCAGAACUACGCAUAUGGGAUGUAUCAGCAACAUGAGAAUGGGGGUCCCGACAUUCUGCAUCUGGGGAGCUCGUCGUCGGAAUCAUAUUCCGAUAUCGUGGCUGUCCCUGUGGGUGGUGGGGAGGGGGAUUGUGUGAAUAGGUAA